AUGCUCCUCGCUUCAGCACGCGUGAGGUUACUCUCUGAGGAGAGCGACCACGCUCGUGUCUUCUCAUUGGCCGGGUGUGAUAUAAAAUCGCUUUUCGGCAAGGCGAGAGAUUUCUUCGGGGUCAAGGACCCCGAGAAAGAAAUCUCUCUCGUCUGCAGGGCCCCUGGAUUGGGGUUCCGCAGGUAUAUUGGGGAGGACUGUGAAGACGAGUUCAGUCUCCUUUGCCAUGAUGUGCGGAAGCUCUCAAUUGCGGAGAGAGGAUCCAUCGAGAUAACCGUUAAGCCUGCGGCGCCGGAGCGCAUCCAAAAAAGCGAUUAA